UUUUCGGAUGGGUAAGAACAUCAGUCAGAGUCACGUGCAGACGUUAUCUCAUCCACCCAUUCUCUCAUCGAAGAUUCAUCGAAUUUUUCGGACCUCCCUCCGCCCAUAUAUCCUAGGGUCGCUGUCGAUUCCCAUUUCCAGCCUUAACAGCCCCGAUUCACCAAAGCGAUAUCUAUCAAUAUCCACCAUGCCUGCCGGAGAGAAGAGCACUAAAAUGCACUCCAAAGUGGUCUGUCUGCACCACUUUGUAGUGGAGACGAUGAAUUUGACGCUGCUCGCCGGAUGAAUAGGUGAUCAUCGGUUCAGGUCCUGCAGGACACACCGCCGCCAUCUAUCUCGCGCGUGCCAACCUCAACCCCGUGUUGUUCGAAGGAUUCAUGGCGAACGGUUUCGCAGCGGGAGGGCAGCUGACGACCACGACCGACAUCGAGAACUUCCCCGGUUUCCCCAGUGGAAUCAUGGGCCCUGAGCUCAUGGACAAAUUCCGGGAUCAGUCUAUCCGAUUCGGCACGCAGAUUAUCACGGAGACUGUGUCGAAGAUCGACUUUUCGUCGCGACCCUUCCGGUACUGGAGGGAGAUGCAGGAAGACGAGGAGCCCGAGACAGCUGAGACGAUCAUCAUCGCCACGGGUGCCAGCGCGAAGCGUCUGGGACUCAAGGGCGAGGACCUCUACUGGCAGAGCGGGAUCAGUGCGUGUGCCGUAUGUGACGGCGCUGUGCCCAUUUUCCGCAACAAGCCUCUGGCGGUCAUUGGUGGGGGCGACUCGGCCGCGGAGGAGGCCACCUACCUGACGAAGUACGGCUCGCACGUCUACGUUCUUGUUCGAAAAGCCGAGUUGCGGGCUUCGAAGAUCAUGGCCAAGCGUUUGUUGAACAACCCGAAGAUCACUGUUCUCUGGAACACAGUCGCGACUGAAUGUGUUGGGGACGGUGAUCUCCUGCAAAGCCUGCGGAUCAAGGACGUCGUCUCGGGCGAGGAGAAGACGCUGCCCGUGAACGGAUUGUUCUACGCAAUUGGCCACGAACCUGCGACCGACCUGGUCCGCAACCAGCUGCAGACCGAUACCGACGGGUACAUCGUCACCGUACCAGGAACGACGCAGACCUCCGUCAAGGGCGUCUUUGCGGCCGGUGAUGUCCAGGACAAGAGGUACCGGCAGGCUAUCACCAGUGCUGGCAGUGGUUGCAUGGCAGCCCUGGAGGCUGAGCGCCUCAUCGCUGAGGAAGAGGAGCUCGGUGUUGCCGAGGCGUAGAUAUAGAGGAAUUCUUGUAAAUUUAAACGAAAUAAAUUCGGCCCCAUUCAAACUCA